AUGUCUAAGACGGUCGUCAUCUUGGGAGGCUCAUACGCCGGCCUUCACAUUGCACACGCACUCUUGAAGAAUGAAAAGGACCUGAAGGUCGUUCUGGUAUCAAAGAACAGCCACUUCUACUGGAACAUUGCCUCCGUGCGAGCCAUCAUCCCAGGCAUUAUCAAGGAUGAGGAGCUCUUCGGCUCCAUCGAGAAGGCCCUGAGCCGGUACCCCAAGGACCGGUACGAGUUCAUCGUCGGCGGUGCCACCGCCUCAGACUUCGCCGCCAAGACGGUGACCGUCACCACCAAGGACGGCGCCGAGAAGCAGCUGUCCUACGACCACCUCGUGCUCGCCACGGGCGCCCGCUGCGCCGGCGCCGAGAGCGUCCCCUGGAAGGCGGCGGGCACGUACGAGGAGGCCGUCGAGCUCCUGCACGCGACGCAGGAGCGCGUCAAGGCCGCCGGGCACUUCGUCGUCGCGGGCGCGGGCUCCACGGGCGUCGAGGCCGCGGCCGAGCUGGGCUUCGAGUACGGCAAGGACCGCGAGGUGGUGCUCCUGUGCUCCGACAGGGAGGUCCUCGGCGGCGACAGCAUCGCGAGUAACGCUCUGGCCGAGCUCAAGAAGCUCAACGUCAAGGUGCGCACCGAGGCCCGCGUCGAGAGCGCCGCCAGGCUGCCCGACGGCAAGACGGAGAUCAAGCUCGCCGGCGGCGGCGACCCCAUCGUCACGGACGUCUACCUGCCUACUUUCGGCCUGGCGCCCAACUCGGAGUUUGUCGACGCCAAGUACCUGACGGACAAGAAGUACGCCAGCAUCGACGCCGAGUACCGCGUCAAGGGCGCCGAGAACGUCUGGGCCGCCGGAGACAUCGUCUCCCAGCCCAGAGCCGGCUUCAUGAUCACUCAGAAACAGGCUGCGGGAGUUGCCAAGAACAUUGGCCUUGUUGCCAGCGGCAAGCAGCCCACGCCCGUCAAGCUGCUGCCCUUUGACAUCUACGCUGUCGCCACCGGGCGCAGCAGGGGUGCCGGCCGUGCGGGCAGCGUCAAGCUCUUGUCCUUCAUGGUGUACAUGGCAAAGGGCAAGACCCUGGCCGUCGAGAGAAUGGCCGGCUACAUUGAUGGAUCGGUUGCUUAG